GGAGGUUGGAACUUGGGGAUAUAUAUUUCGGGAACAAUUACAUUACAUAAAUCAUAAUCCCUCGUUUCUCUCGGCGAGUUAUCAAACCCUAACCCCCAAAUUCAAUUGCGAAGGUGAUUCCGAAAAGAAUAAGGAUUCUCCGAUUCUUAAUUUAUGAUGAUGCUUUUAUUUUCUUGGGAUGACUUGGCAGCAGCUACACCAAAGUUUUUUUUGCUAUCAUCAACAAAUGGCAAUGGUCGACAGCAUAGAAACUCAUCCUGCCAAGAAGAUGAAGCUGCAGGACAAGGAAAUCCCCAAAUCUCAAUACGGAAUUAAUACUGUAAAUUUUGAGAACUCUCAACCUACAAUGGAAUACUCCGUCUAUAUGGAAAUCAAAGUCGUCAAGCAACUGUUUUCAUCUCCCGAAGAUCCCUUGUGUUUUUUCAGGAGAAUGAUGAAAGAUAUUGGCUGCGCUGAAUCCCAGAUUAGUAAAUAUGGUUGCUCCUCCUUUCACUUUUUAGCACAACUUACUCCAGAUAAAGCCAAAAAGUUGUCAGAGCUGGAUUCUGUAAGAGAGGUGAAGCCCUUCAAGAAGAGCGCACCUUGUUUCGCCCGCAAGCUUUAUGUCCUUGAGCAUUGUCCUUUAUACCCUGAAAUUUGAAUUGAUGGGUUGCUGCCUCGUGGUUCGUAAUGUUAAUGAACUGUUGAAAUCACAUUAUUGUAUUAAAUAAAUAAAGUGUGUAAAAACUAGCUUGAUCUGAUGUAUUGUACUGUGACUGUAGUUGUUUUUCCAACUCUUAUAUCACCUUCGAAACA